GCGCCCCUCCCCCAUUCAACCACAGGGUUUUAAUGUUGGAGUGUUUUUACUACUGUAUUUAGUAAAGGGGAGCAUUUGUAGUUUACAUGCAGUAAACACUCAAUUGCAGUACAGGUUUUUACUUUUAUUUUUAAGAGGCCAGUCAGGAAUCCAACAUGCCCAAGAGAAAGGCUGGAACUGAGGGAGAGGUGAAAGAGGAGCCUCAGAGGAGAUCUGCAAGGCUAUCAGCAAAACCAGUACCCCCCAAGCCUGAACCAAAAAUUAAAAAGCCAGCAAAGAAGGUGAAGGCUGUGAACGAUAAGAAGGAGGACAAGAAGGCGCCGGUGAAAGGGAAGAAGGGAGCGAAGGCAGAGGCAGACACAAACGAGGAGAAUCACUCUGAAAAUGGAGAUGCCAAAACUAACGAGGCACAGUCUCCUGAAGACUCGGAAGACAAGGAAGCCAAGUCUGAGUAGCCCCUCCCCCAUCAUCAUCAUUUCUGUUGUGUGGUACCCCAAUCUCCAUGAUGUAUUGUUAACAGAGGAAUAUUUUUUAUCAACGAUUUUAUAAAUACAGGUUUUUAGCACAAAGCUAAUUAAGCAAGACCAUUGCAGUGAGGUACAUCUAUAAUAUCUCUUCAAUAAAAAUAAAAAAAAUCAUUUUUUAUUUGAGAAUGAAAUGUGGUUGUAACAGUUUGUUAUGGUGUAGGGAAAGGACAGGUGGUAGAUUUGAAAUGUGAGUGUGUUGCUCCGAGGUCCUUUCCAAAUGGCCCCAUCUCCAAUAUUUUCCUUACAUGUUCAGUGUAUUUUUAUUUAUUUUUUUUAAAUGGGGAAAAAUCUGAAAGAGGAAUAACGAUGUACCAAACAUUCCAGGAAGGUUGUGAGGGUUGACUUUGUAAACCGGGUUUAAAAUAAACCAUUUUGAUAAAAACUUGCAGGAUGUGAAAAUAAUAAGCAGGAAGAAAAAAACAAAAUAACAAUGUCUUUUCUUUUUUUUCUGAUUUUUAAAUCACGGUAAACAGUUUUUUAAAAAUAAAAGUUUUAACAUCUAUUUAAAUAUGCAGGUGUCUGUGUGUUCCCACUCUUUUAAACAUUAACUCUGGAUGUAUCUUAAUAAAAAGACUCUGUGGAAUUUUCCUCA